GUCACCAGAACGCGCCUUUGAAACUUCUCACCGUUUGGAUGUAUCAACCAAACCCCUUCGUUCUGCUGCGAUCAACAUCUAACGAUGGCUUCAGUCUACAGCUGUAGGGAAUGCGGAACCAACCUCAACCUCAACGCCACCCACCUCUUCCCAUCGGACUUCUACUUCGACGCCGGCAACAAAGGCACCCUCUCCUUCGCAUGCGUCGACGCCACCAAGUUCCGAUUCGAGAAAGAGGACAAGAUCAGGCCCUUUUUCGAGACCCUGGAUUACUGGGGAAUCCAAAGGAAGAGGACCAAGAUCAAGUGCAAUAGCUGUGGCCGUCUCGUUGGCUACAUCUACGAUGAUGGUCCUCCUCUCACCGACAGUCCCGGUCAGCUCCAUUUCGGCCCCAGUCAGGUCAUUCCUCGAGCCCCCAGGUACAGGUUCAAGACCAAGACUCUCCAGAUUGCUUCUCAGACUUGAUUCAUCUUCUCUUUCCUGAGUUGAUUUCAGGGUUUCUUUACACACAGAGGAUCAAUAAGGUUUUUAUUUUGGGGUUUUUCCCCCUUUCUUUUGUUGUAUACUGGUUGCGUGUUUGUAUAGUAUGGUAAAACUUUGAUUUCCCCAUCUUCAUGCGGAUGUGUUAAUUGGAAUAAAUUUUUAUUUUUAUUUCCCGAUCGUUUUUUUUGAAUUUUUCCCUUUCGUUCUCGUUCUUGCUCCUUGAUACCUGCUGAAAAAAGUAGCAUUUAGGAGCAGAUUUCAUUGCUUUUGAGGGAAAAAUUAGACUACUGUCCCAUAAUUACUUCUCAUUUUUGAACAGUGGCACUCUUUCCUUCUUUGUGGAUGUGCUUGUUAAUGGGAAUAAAAGAAAUUGUUUGCUUUUUCUUUUA